UCAAGUUGAAUAAACCCAUUCUGCAGCCUAUAUCCCCAGUGCCUUGUCAGUGAUGAUAACUGCCCUUAAAAUUCUUUCAGACCUAGAUAUCUAUCUGUGUGAAACCAACAGUGCCUUGAGGCAUAACUGAGGACAGAGACCACUGCUAGGUGCAAACAUCACCAACUUGCAUGAUUAUGAAGAUGGUCUGUCUGAUGCCAAGAAUGUCUCUAGUUUUUUGACAACGGCUAAAUAACCAUGGGGUCAAGUGGACUUGGGAAAGCUGCAACAUUAGAUGAACUGCUAAGCACUUGCAUUGAGAUGUUUGAUGACAACGGAGAGCUGAAUAAUAGUUAUCUGCCAAGAAUAGUUCUACUGAUGCACCGAUGGUAUUUAUCUUCCACUGAAUUGGCAGAAAAACUUCUCUGCAUGUAUCGAAAUGCCAGUGGAGAAAGCUGUGAUGAAUUUCGAUUAAAGAUCUGCUACUUCAUGAGGUACUGGAUUCUGAAGUUUCCUGCAGAGUUCAAUUUGGACCUUGGUUUGAUCCGUAUGACUGAGGAAUUCCGGGAAGUGGCUAGUCAACUAGGAUAUGAAAAACACAUCAGCCUCAUCGACAUAUCCAGCAUUCCUUCCUAUGACUGGAUGAGAAGAGUCACACAAAGGAAAAAAGUAUCCAAGAAGGGAAAGGCCUGUCUGCUGUUUGACCAUCUGGAGCCCAUUGAAUUGGCCGAGCACCUCACUUUUCUGGAGCAUAAAUCUUUUAGAAGGAUCUCAUUCACUGAUUACCAGAGCUAUGUCAUCCACGGCUGCUUGGAGAAUAACCCAACCUUAGAGAGAUCUAUUGCUUUAUUUAAUGGAAUUUCUAAGUGGGUCCAGUUGAUGGUUCUUAGCAAACCAACCCCCCAGCAAAGGGCAGAAGUCAUUACAAAAUUUAUCAAUGUUGCCAAGAAGCUCCUACAGCUCAAAAAUUUUAAUACCCUGAUGGCAGUGGUAGGAGGUCUUAGUCAUAGUUCCAUUUCACGCCUCAAAGAGACCCAUUCUCAUCUUUCUUCAGAAGUUACAAAGAACUGGAAUGAAAUGAUGGAGCUGGUCUCUUCCAACGGCAAUUACUGCAAUUACCGCAAGGCCUUUGCUGACUGUGAUGGCUUCAAAAUCCCCAUCCUUGGCGUACACUUGAAAGACUUGAUAGCAGUCCAUGUCAUUUUCCCAGACUGGACAGAGGAGAACAAAGUGAACGUUGUGAAAAUGCACCAGCUCUCCGUUACCCUGAGUGAACUGGUCUCCCUGCAGAAUGCCUCUCACCACUUAGAACCCAACCUGGAUUUGAUCAACCUGCUCACACUUUCUCUGGACCUCUAUCACACAGAAGAUGACAUUUACAAACUGUCACUGGUGCUGGAGCCUAGAAAUUCUAAAUCGCAGCCUACCUCGCCAACGACGCCCACUAAGCCGGUGGUGCCCCUGGAGUGGGCGUCAGGAGUGAUGCCGAAGCCAGAUCCCACUGUCAUCAACAAGCACAUAAGGAAAUUAGUUGAGUCUGUGUUCAGAAACUACGACCAUGACCAGGAUGGGCAUAUCUCCCAAGAGGACUUUGAAAGUAUAGCUGCCAACUUUCCCUUCCUGGAUUCCUUCUGUGUACUGGACCAAGAUCAGGAUGGCUUAAUUAGUAAAGAUGAGAUGAUGGCCUACUUCCUGAGAGCAAAGUCCCAGCUACACUGUAAAAUGGGACCGGGAUUUGUCCACAAUUUUCAGGAGAUGACUUAUCUCAAGCCAACCUUCUGUGAACACUGUGCAGGAUUUCUCUGGGGCAUAAUCAAGCAAGGAUAUAAAUGCAAAGACUGUGGAGCCAAUUGUCACAAACAGUGCAAAGACCUCUUGGUUCUGGCCUGCAGGAGAUUUGCCCGGGCGCCCUCCUUGGGCAGUAGUCAUGGGUCGCUGCCUGGAAGUCCCUCGUUGCCCCCAGUGCAGGAUGAGGUGUUCGAGUUCCCUGGUGUCAGUGCUGGACACCGAGACCUGGACAGCAGAGCCAUCACGCUGGUCACAGGUUCUUCUCGCAAGAUCUCCGUGAGGCUACAGCGGGCCACCGCCAGCCAGGCCACCCAGACUGAGCCUGUGUGGUCAGAGGCGGGCUGGGGUGACUCAGGGUCCCACACCUUCCCCAGAAUGAAAUCCAAGUUCCAUGAGAAAGCAGCAAAGGACAAAGGCUUUGCCAAGUGGGAAAAUGAGAAGCCCAGGGUGCAGGCUGGUGUGGAUGUUGUUGACCGGGGCACCGAGUUCGAAUCUGACCAGGAUGAAGCAGACAUGGCUGAGAACAGACAGGAUGGUGAGGAUGGCUGACUUCAGGCUGAGGACACUGGGGACAAUAAUGUUGACAUUUGGAAGGAACAAGAUGAGAAACUCUGAAGAACACUCCAACCCUCAGGAAGUUAGCUGAAAAGAUACCUGGAUGCUUACUGCCUUGACACCAUGGAUCUCCCUGACUCUACUGUGGGACAGAGGAUUUACCCUAUGAACUAUUUAUUUCCUCCUUCCCUGCCCCUAGUUAGGUGCCACAGAGACUGUGUCACCUAGUUGGUAGUUAGUUUUCUCAUGUAACUUUCUCUAGAGCCAUUUAUAUACGGGUGAAAUGAAAGCUUUUGUGCAUGUACUUGAUACUCAUCUCUAAACUCAGACUUUGCUUCUGUUGUGAGAAUAUUAUUUCAGUAUUUUUAUAAAUGUUGGGGGUUGUUUAAUGAGGAGUCUAUUUAAAGGUCUUGUGUGUUUCUUGGAUGGAACCGGGACUUAAGAUUUUCUCAAGGGACAGGGAAGCUCUUCAGAUCCAGGAAUGCAGUGAUUCUUCUAAUGAUGAGCUAAUGCAAGGAGAAGCUGUUUACAUUGUUCUUACCAUACAGUUGCCAUGAUGAUGUGUAACGAGUCACAUGUUUAUAUUCAUAUAAGUUUACCAAUUCUGCAACACUAGGAAGCUAUGACACAGCCGUGAAAUCUCUCCGGAUAUUGCCAUGGGAGAAAAUUCACUAUUUUUGUCCCAUUUGGCUAGGUUUAGUCAUCUUUCUUAAGACUCCUAUGAAGACCACUAUUAAGAAAUGUUAAUAGCAAUUUAAAAAUCAAUUCAAGUUUUUGGAGAUAAAACUUAGGAGAAAAACAAACCAGCAAAAAUUCUGCUUGGUGAACUACAAAACCACCAGAAUUUUUUAAUAACUCAAAAUUGUUUUAAGAAUUUUGUUUCUUAAAGAAGAAAAUGUUUUGUGGUGAAAGAGAGCUCUUGUCUUCUUCCUACAAACUUACCGUCCAUAAUGAAAGACUAGUUGUAGAAAGCAAAUCAUCACAAACCACCUUUAAUUAACAUUUUAUUUGAACAUUUAAAGUAUCAAUAUUUUAAGUCUCUUCCUUUGACCCAAAAUAACUAGACAUGGGUUUCUUUCUCACACGAUUAGAGGAAAGAGAAUUUGGUUCACAGGCAGAGCUGGGAUUGAGCCUGUGGGUGAGGGGAAUGAUAUGUUACCACAUGACCACUCAGAAACUGUCCCCCCCAGAGGCGCACUGGUGGGCAUUUGGGGGCUUCUGUGUACACACCCCAUGUGAGAAUGAAUUUGUUCCUAUUGAGGACAGCCACUUCUGUAAAGAAAUGCUUUUCUUCUCUUUUUCCCAUCAGGUAAUUGAGGCCAGUUCUGCUCAGCAAACACUUGCUGAGCGCUUGCCCUGGGCACAAAGAUGAGCAACACUUGGUCUCUGCCCUCAGGAGCUGAGAGCCUGUGGGCCUUAAGGCAAGAUGAUUCCUUAAAAUAUGAUUCCAAAAUUUCCUAGAACUGACUUAAUUGUGUCGAAUAAAUUCUGAGAUCAAUUUGUAGAGAUACUGCAAAUUAAAUGAAGUCAAUAGUUGAGAGAGCUGUGAUUAAGCUAGAUAGCAAUAGAACUUAUUUGCAAGCACCUCAGAAAGCAACCAUCCCCAAGUGUGUUUUAUGUAUGUACACUCUCUAUUACUAUUCCUAAAUGCAAUGAAAAAUACAUGUUAACAAAAUUAAAAACAAAAUGACAGUUUAAGUACAAGAAA